AUGACCCAUCUGGAUUAGUUGUUUCACUUCCUUUCAGCUCUGACCCAGAAGAAGACGCAACACUCGCACAGACAAUCCUGAGGUUCCCAUUUGGGAUAUUUGAUCCUCUCUUUAUUCCAUGACAAUUCCUGUCAUAACAGCAGAGGAGAAUGGCCAAUAAGAAGAAAGUGAUAGUAACAGGCUUUGAGCCUUUUGGUGAACAUGCAGUGAACUCCAGCUGGGUGGCAGUGCAGGAAAUGGAAAAAUUAGGUCUGGGUGAAGCAGUGGAUCUUCAUGUGUGUGAGGUGCCUGUUGAAUACCAGGCUGUUCAGACCCUUCUGCCGUCUCUAUGGAAAGAGCACCAGCCUCAGUUGGUGGUCCAUGUGGGUGUUUCGGGGUUAGCCACCACCGUCACUCUGGAGCAAUGCGGACACAACAAGGGCUACAAACGACGGGAUAACUGCAGCUUCUGCCCUGCUUCACAGUGCUGUAUGGAGGAUGGACCUGAGUGUAUACACUCUGUCCUCGACAUGGAGACAGUCUGCAAGAGGGCCAAUGACUCGGGCUCAGGAGUCUCGUUCUCUGUGUCAAAAGAUGCAGGAAGGUAUCUAUGUGACUACACCUACUACACUUCUCUGCACCUGGGCCAGGGUUGCUCUGCCUUCAUCCAUGUACCCCCGUUAGAAAAACCGUACAGCAGCAAGGAACUGGGCAGAGCACUUCAGGCGGUCGUACAGGAGAUGUUGAAACUGCUGGAUGAAGAUCACAAACAGGACACGCAUUGCAAUCACACACAUCAACACCAACAGGACCAUUGUUAGUAUACUUUGGUGCUUUUUCACUGUGUAACAGUGCCAACACUAAGCCAUGUGUUCUAUCUCAAAAAACAUUGAGGUCUUACAAGGGUUGUUGUGAAAAGAGCAUUCUGAAAACAGCAUCUGUUUAUAAUUGACAUUGUGUAAGUCUUUGCAUGUGUGGGUUUGAAUGUGUGUGCGGGAGUAGUGGGCAUCAUCGAGUAUUAGUCAUAUUGCUGUCUUCAUUCCUGAUCCUCUUAAAGACUGUGAAAAUCGAUGUCAAUUCAACAACUUAGACAUCAAAUGUGGCACUGUGAAAAGGGGACUAUCUUACCACUUUUACAUGACAUUAAUAGAACUUACAACAAGGCUUAUGAAACUACAAGUGAUACAUGAUAAUGCACUAUGGGACCUUUUCUUGUGACACAAACUUGCAUUACACUAACCUUUCUCUGCUUUGAUGAACUUCUAGUCUCCUAAAUCCUCUCUGUGUGAUUUGACUGUUUUCUUGGAAUGAUCAUUCCUUUUUGUUUCUUGAAUCUGCACUAGUGAAAAGUGAUGAAUUUAAAAUGAUGGUAUCCUGCAGAAAUGUAAAGAUUUAAAUUAAGAGUGAUUUGUUCAUCUCAGGGAAUAUAUUGCGCAUAAAAUCAAAAUUAAAGCUCCUGUGAGAAGUUUUUAACUGGUCAUCAAACAGGCUGGAAUGAAUAUUGAUGCUUCUAUUUUAAACUACAAAAGUAAUUGGAACCAUCAGGAAGUGGACCGACUAUUGUUAUAGAGAGCAUUUUAUUUCCUGAAACAGAUGCUGCAGGGUAGGUGUCGAAUGCUGCCAAAACAGCCUUUUUAACAUUUGCAUGCCAAACAUUCACAGUGAAUGAUUCUUUGACUGUACAACAGGAUGUUUGCUAAAAAAAAAAAAAGAAGAUACUUACACAAAGAGAUUUUAGGUUCCUCUUUAUCCACAGGGGUCACCAAAACCGACACAAACCAAAAGGAUCUCACAGGAGCUUUAAUUAAUACGUCUAUCCUAUGUGUGUUUCAGCUUUAACGAGCUGUGUACUGGAUUAUAUUUUUGUCCUUGUCUUUAGUAAAGCCAUUUGCACAUUGCAGAAACACAAAUGCAUUUUGGGUAUUUUUUUUAAACUGUGUUCCCUUUAUUUUGUCACCUACAUGAAAUUCAUGUGAAAGACACACUCUCGUUCUCACACUGCUAAUCAGAAUCAUAACACAUUGACGACACUAAGAUGCACUCAGUUUUCUCACCUCCUGGCUUGUAAUAGAUGCCAUGUCUUCCUCUGUUUCACACACAUUAUCUUCAUAGACACAAAUUGUUAUAUCUAAAUUGCACUACAAAUCUAGUAAAAGUACAUAUGAAUGUUUUAAUUUUUAGAAUAUAAUCAGCCUCUGCUCCCAUAACGGCACACCAACAUUGUUUCUGUCUUGGUCUGAUGAUGCAUUUGAAAUCUGCUUCAGUGCU